GAUGUAAUUCUUGGAGUGCUCUGAAAAUUGUAGAAUCUCGUAGUUAAUAGUGUAUUAAUAAAAGAAAAUUAUGUACUAAUGUGUUCAUAAAGUGAUAAUAAACAAUAUAAUAUAAUAUUUUGGUUGAUUAACUUAAUUAUUUUAUUGUUAUUUAAUAGAAAGUUAAACUGAACUCGGUGAGGUUAGAGUGCUGUUGUUUUGUGUGUGUGAGUGCUGGGUUACCGGUACAAAUACAUAACAAAAAAUGUCUAGUCAGAAUUGUUAUGGUUGUAAACAGAACACUGUGAAAAAUCCAUUUAUCUGCUCUGGUUGUCAGAAUGUUUUCCACAAAAGCUGUAGGAUAAAAAAACACAAAUAUAUGAACAUGCUAAAUGAACUGGUGCCAUGUACAGGUCAUGAUAUGGAUGAUGGCAUGGAUACGGCGAGUGUGAAUUCUUCGGAAAGUUCAAGAAGAUUAAAAAGGAAAAGAACAGAAGGAGAAGAAAAUGAUAUAGAGCAUAAAUUAGAUUUGUUGCUGAGCAGUCAUGAUAAUAUCGAAGCGGAUUUCGAUAUUUUCAAAUUGGAAGUUAAACAGCUUAUCAAAGGUGAAUUAGAGAUAGUUAAAAAGGAUAUAGUUAGUGAAGUAACUAAAGCAGUAACUAACGCAGUCCGCAAGGAAUUAAUGGAACUGAAACGUUAUACAGUGACUGGAAAAGAAACUAGUGACACCUAUAGUUCAAGAGUGGAUACAUAUGCGGGGCGACUAAAGAAAUCACAAUUAGAAAGCAUUGUUGUCGAGCCGAAAGCGAAACAGGAUACGACAGUUACUGUACAGAAACUUAAGAAGAGUGUAGAUAUUGGAAAACUUGGACUUGGUGUGGACAAAAUAAAUGAAACAAAAAGUGGGAAAGUAAUAAUUGGAUGUAAACAGAAGCAAGAUUCUUAUGUCUUAGUAGAAGAAUUAAAGAAAAAUAUUGGAAGUGAAUAUAAUAUUAAAAUGAAUGAUAAGAAGUUUCCAAAAGUAAAAAUAAUUGAUAUAGAAGAGGAUAUAAUUUCAGAUAAAAGUGAUGAAGAAAUUAUAAAAAUGGUACAAAAACAAAAUGAUUUAAUAUUGGAGCAAAACAGUAAAAUAGAAAUUAAAAAGAGAGCAAUAGGAAAGAAAAAAGAUGGAUUUAUUAUUCUAGAAGUUGACCCAAAAAUACAUAAAAAACUGAUGGAUUUAAAUCGCAUAAAACUUGGAUGGAACAAAUGUCGUGUAUCAGACUGUGUAAGUAUAUUAAGAUGUUACAAGUGCUGGGGUUAUCACCAUUUUGCCAAAGAUUGCAAGACAGGAACCAAAUGUAGAAAGUGUGCUGGUGACCACAAAGAAGAAGACUGCAAAACCACAAAUAGUAAAUGUGUAAAUUGUGUAAGAAUGAAAGAUGUGUACAAAGUGGAUGAUAUCCAAAUUGACCACUGUGCUAGUGAUCCCAGUUGUGAGUAUUAUAAAAGAAUGAAAAAUAGAGCACAAAAAAAUAUUAAAUAUUGUACCGAAUAGCAA